ACUGACAAGAAAAGUAAAGAUACAAUCUUUGAUUAAAAACUUCACUGUAACAUUGAUAGUUUAAGUUUUUCUGGAAGUUAAUUUCACACACAGUCAUUACAUCUUAUUUAAGAACUCUCUGCACAAUCAAAUCACAUAAAUUUAAACUGAAUAAAGCUUGCCGCAUUUAAUCUGGCAGAUAUAUAACCUAAAACACUCGUUUUAAUUGUCCCUUGUUUUUGUUUAAGAUGUGAAACAAAGCCAACAGAUGGAUUUUAUGAUUAUUUAAAAUAUUUUUUCUCUAAAGGACUUAUAUUUAUUUGUUUAUUAACAAAAUGAAUAAAAAAUAUGCUUCAAUAAACUUCAUUUUAACUCAAAUGUCCUGCUUUUGCGGUCAACUCCAACUCACCUGUUCCUAAUUACAGCUAAAACAUGGCAAACAUAAACAGCUGCAUUAUGGGUAAUGUAGGCAUCUGGUUUCCCCUCGAUUAUCUUGUUGUUGUCGAUGUAAAACAAUUCAGAGACGAAUGUUUUGAAAUAUGUUCGACGUAAAUGGAGGGUUUUGAUGUUUUCCCACACUGCACUGGUUUGUGGAGGUUUGGUACUGGUUUCCAGAGCCGGUGAUGAUGUCACACCGAGGCUGGGUCAUGUGAAGGGCAGCAGCGGAGGAGGUUCACGGAGAGUUCAGCUGCAUACAUUAGGUAAUAGCAUCGCACGCCGUGACAUAACUAGUGCGAAGCAGGUUGAGUUGAGACAUUUAUCAAUAAAAAAAAGCGGAGAUAAGAUUAAAAAGUCGUUCGGCAAACUUUGUUAUGCAAAACAACCAGUAGACCUGGAUGCGCGGAAGCGCCUGGACUCCAGUGCUCACGCUGCGCGCCAAUACGCACAGUUUAUGAGGAAAUUAAAGGUCUGUUCCGGCGCACACGCCCCUCAUAGUGCGAUGCUCCUGCUGCAUGGUCUGCGCCUCAACAACCGGCUGUAAACCAUAAACCUGCGGAAAGCAACUGAAAGUCGUUACUAACAGGAAGGACUCUGUUUUCUUCUUCUUCCUCCUCCUCUUCUUCAUGAGGAGAGCAUCUUCUCCAGCAGGACUCCGCUAAGGUCAUGUUUGACUUCAUGGAAUUCCAGAUUUUCGGUCCGGGAGAAAUCAUGGACUUCUACUCGACUUCCAGCCCCGGCUGCGCGCUGCAGGACCUGGAUCUGGACCUGGACCCGGAUCGGGACCAAGACCGGGAUCUGGCAGCUUUCUUCCCGGAGCUGAUCGAGUCGGACUGGCCGGAUCAUCGGUGCUCGCAGUCAGUGGAAAGCCAGAGCUCCAGCUCCAGCUCCAGUUUGGACGACCUGUUUGCCAGUCCGCCCUCCCCUCCUCCGCCCCCACGCACCUACAAGCCCUGCUUUGUGUGUCAGGAUAAAUCAUCGGGCUACCACUAUGGAGUCAGCGCCUGCGAGGGCUGCAAGGGUUUCUUCCGCCGCAGCGUGCAGAAAAACAUGGCGUACACCUGCCACCGUGACAGAAACUGCAUCAUCAACAAGAUCACCAGGAACCGCUGCCAGUACUGCCGCCUGCAGAAGUGCUUCGCCGUGGGAAUGUCCAAAGAGUCGGUGAGAAAUGACAGAAACAGGCGGAGAGGUAAGAAGGAAGCAGUGAAGAUGACCGUCAUGGAGACGUACGAGCUGACGGCCGAGCUCGGCCUGAUCGUGGAGAAGAUCUGCAGGGCGCAUCGAGAGACCUUCCCCUCCCUCUGCCAGCUGGGGAAAUACACCACAAAUUCCAGUUCAGACCACCGGAUCCAGCUGGACCUCGGGUUGUGGGACAAGUUCAGCGAGCUUGCCACCAAGUGCAUCAUCAAGGUGGUGGAGUUCGCCAAGAGAGUCCCAGGCUUCACAGGCCUGACCAUCGCUGACCAGAUCACUCUGCUGAAAGCCGCCUGCCUUGACAUCCUGAUCCUCAGGAUUUGCACUCGCUACACUCCGGACCAGGACACCAUGACGUUCUCCGACGGCCUGACUCUGACCCGCACUCAGAUCCACAACGCCGGCUUCGGGCCGCUCACCGACCAGGUCUUUACGUUUGCCGGUCAGCUGCUUCCUCUGGAGAUGGACGAGACGGAGAGCGGGCUGCUCAGCGCCAUCUGCCUCGUCUCUGGAGAUCGCCAGGACCUAGAGGAGCCGUCAAAGGUGGAGGUGCUGCAGGAGCCGCUGCUGGAGGCGCUGAAGAUCUACUCGCGGCGGCGCCGACCCAGCAUGCCUCUGAUGUUCCCCAAAGCCCUGAUGAAGAUCACCGACCUGCGCAGCAUCAGCGCUAAAGGAGCAGAGCGCGUUGUGACACUGAAGAUGGAGAUCCCCGGCUCCAUGCCUCCUUUGAUCGAGGAGAUGAUGGAGGAUCUGCAGAACCUGGAGACCAGCCAGCACUCACACAGCCUCUCCUCUCACUCUCAGCACACACACUGCUCCGGCCUUGCAGUCUGAAGACGCCGCAGGACUUUUUCUUCCUCCCAGAGAGAGAUUACUAACGAUGUAAAAGUGCAGAUGCAGUCCAGAAGGUCACUAGUCCCUUACCUCCGUAAAACGUCCGGGAGUAUUUCAGAGUUAGAUCUGCAGACAUGACAAAUGAGAUUCAGCUUUCACAUUAACAACAUGGUAGUUGCUGUGAGAUGAAAUUCUGCUUCGAUGGAAGGAAAAAGUAGAACGAUGCAGUAACGUUGUAGUUUAUCUUUUUGUUUUCUUGCAACGUUGUGGCAGGCACCUCAUAACCUCUGAGAACCACUCUCAGCUUUUGUUUACCAUAUCUGGGUCUUACUAUAUUUAUAUUUGCAUGAUGAGUUAUUCAUUUUUACCUCAUUGAAUAACAGUAUUCAGUAGAAAGAGAGGCACAUGUGGAAAGGAUUCAUUAAAGCUUUUUAGUUUAUUAAACAGAGGGAAACAAGUAAAGGGAAAAAGGUCAAACAUUUAACUGGUUCCCAGAGGAAAAAGGACAUUUAUGUCAUCCAAAUAGUGGAAUUGUUUAGCUGCCAUGUUUUUGUGAUAAAACAAAAAUAAAUCCUGCAAAAACACAAAAUCUUAAAUAUUUUUGUCAUGUUCCUGGUGCAACUAUAUUAAUGUAUUUGAAAUCAGGCAAAACUGACUAAUAAGUAACUUCUCAGCAAAAUAUAUAAGUAUCUUAAGUUCAUAAUUCCUUAAUAUUGAUGGAAAAAUACUAGACUAUUUUAUGUAUAAGACUGGAAAAACGUCUUGUUAAAUAAUUGCAAUAAUUUCCAUAAUUAAUAGGAAAUUAAUAUUUUUUUUUACUUUAGCAAUUUUAUUGUGAAGUAUUUCUACUCUUACUUGAAUUAAAUUUCUGGAUUUUCAGAAACGUUUCUUAACGUUUCCGAAAAACGUUAAGAAACGUUUUUUCAGAAAAGUUACCUUCAAGUUAGUUUUGUCUUAUUUCCAGUGUACUAAGAUAUUUGCACAAGGAACUAGACCAAACAUAUGUGGUAACAUUUUGUAUUUUUGCAAUAAAGAUAAAUAAUUUCAAAACUUGUAAAACUUUAGAGCCAAAAGUUGCAAUAACUUCUUGUCUGUGUGUUCACAUUCUCUAACUAAGAAUCAAGUGAAUCCCAUUUUAUUUUAAUUUCCACAUUCAGUUGGACCACAGCUGGGGAUCACACAGUUUUUUCUGUCAGAUUUAGUUAUGGACUUUGACUAGGCCAUCCCAAAACAUUGAUUUUCCUCUUCAGAAGACAUUAUUUGGUUGGAUGUAUCCUCUUCAUCUUCAGCUGUUUCAACAAAUACCUGAAGAUUAUUGGGUUUAAACUGACUCAUGUUGGAACCAUUCAUGCCUUCAUUCAGUUUAAUGAAAAACUCAAGUUCCACGUGGGUAAAAAUAACUACCACCAUGUUUCACUGUGGGUCUGGUGUUCUUUGGUGAUGUGCUGUGUUGUUUCUGUGUGAGACAUUUUUAGAGUUAUGGCACAGACGUUAACGUUUUAUUUUGCUUCAUACUUUCUUCUAAAAUGCUUUGGGAAAUUUUCCAAAUCUAGACAUUUGGAAAACAAGAGAUUUCUGUCAACUUGCCAAUGUUGAUGUCCAAACAAAUAACUCUGUUUUAUCAGCAAUCUUGGAGAAAUUUCUCUAAUGUCACCGCCUGACUAUAUUUUGAUGGUUUCUAAUUGCCUCCAAACUUAACACAGUUUUCUCUGAAGUUCUCAUUAAGUCCAGCUGACAAUAAAAUCCCUUAAAAUUUCUGGAAAGACCAUAUUAUAGGAUCUGUGCACAUUUUAAAAUAACGUUAUUUUAUCUUAUAGUGCAGCAGGAGUAGCUUUAUUGGAAAAAUUUUACAGAUGUUGGUAAUGUUACAGAUGUGCUGCACUGUUACUGGUCAGGAAAAACCUUUGUGGUAGUUGCUAAACUUUGGCCCGACAUUUAACAAAGAAGAGAGUAACCAAAUGGUGGAAAAGAUUUUGUGUAAUAUGAAGAAAAGAAAACCUAUAAUGGGGAAUCAUUAUUAAAGGACCGUAGAUUAAACAUUUAGGAAACUUUUUUCUACUUUUUAAUCUUUAAACGUGGUUACUGAAGGCCAGACUGACACACACAGCUGACACCAGAUAUUUACAUUUACAUGCUGAAAAUGUAGAUGAUUUCUUGAGAUUUUGUUAUUUUUCCUUUGUGAAAACAUGACGGUUUAAUAAAGGUGUUUUACACUUUUUAUAUCCACUGUACGUGUGAAAAGGCGUCGUAACGUAUGAGCUCGUUUUGUUGUCGGUUUUGCUGAGUGCGCUCCAGCAUAACGAAACUUUUAUCACCAUGUUAGUAAGCUAAAUAUAAAGUACAUGUAUCUUAGACUUCAUGAAUGAAAUUAUCUAAAUACAGAUUACCAGUAUUAUUCAUUUUUGUUGCUGAAAAUAUUUUUUUCUUGUUUUUUUAUAUCAGGAUUAAACAUAUGAACCAUAAAAUGAAUUUGUAGCCUUUGUUGCACUGUGGGGCAAAUUAAUUUACAUUCUGUUUUUAUUUCCUUUUCCAGUUUUAACUACAAAAUUAUGUUCUUAUCAGUCUGAGCUGCUUGUUGUUUUUACUACACUGUGUUUGUGAUAAAGCUGCAAACAUGACUAAAGAACAUUAAAAAAAACCAUUUUAGUAAACUUGAAACUUUUUGUAUUAAUUAGAAGAAGGAAAAGUCGAUCUCAAAUUAAAGACGUUCAUUUUGGAGAAUCAGAAAUAAUGAUAUGAAUUAGAAGUUAUUGGACAUAAGCAGCUCAACAUGCAUCCUAUGAAAACUCUCAUGUGCCUGCCAUUAAUGUGCCAACAUUUUCCAACAUUCAGUUUUUACUUUUCUCUUUUUGAGUUUCUGCUACAAACCA